AGGCGGUCGUGGCUUUGGCCCGCGGGCAUACGAUAAAUUAUCACCACCGAGAAGUAGAGUUGUACAACCAUAACUACAAGCGGCGCGAUCCUAGAAAGUUCUUUUGACACAGAGGAUAAAGUCAACAUAAGCAAACCACACUAGAAUUUCUCAGACAAGAUGCCACAAGCAGCUACCUCCAUUGUCGAGUUCCCCCCUACCUCUCCACGAGGAGCAGACAACAAGGGUCGUGCUUCUACAUCUUCCAAGACGACAAUGAUGACACGCAAUAAGAACGAUGUACCUGGCGCCGCUGCGGUGGAGACUGACCCGAGUAAAAAGUCCAUCUUUGACGAAAAACUUCUCAAAGAAUUUCUGGACAAUGUCGGUGCCAAGCAGUCCCAAAUGCCGACCAUUUGGCGCGUCUUGCUUCGCACAGGCGGCGAUUGGGACGCGCUGUAUCAAGAAGGCACCUUUCCGGCAACUCGACUAGUACCUUUGUUGAAACAAGAGUUUGCGUACUGCACUAGCAGUGUUUCAGACCUCGAGCAAUCAGCUCUAGAUGGGACGAUCAAGUUGCUAAUCCGGCUAUCGAACGGCUCUGAGGUAGAAGCAGUGAUCAUCAAUCACACUGGCGAGGACAUGAAUUCGAGUCUGUGUACUGCAAAUGUGGAGGCUGAAAUGGCUGCUCCUGCACCAGUUCCAGAAGAAACGGGUGCAGGAUCUUCUUGUUCUUCUAGUAGUUCUUCCACAACUCAUACUACCAAGAAUACGAAUAGUACCAAGACGAAGAAGAAGACAGCAGCUGACUCCUACCUGGAUCGCGGACUCCUCGACGCCAAAAGACCUCGAAUCGAGAUGCGUAAGACUCUCUGCGUCAGUUCCCAGAUUGGGUGUAAGCUUGGUUGUACCUUCUGUGCCACUGGCACCAUGAAAUUGGAAAGGAGCUUGACCAGUGGAGAAAUCAUGGAACAAUUGCUGUUGGCUGACCAUGCCCUGAGCGUGUUGACAGGAAAUCAGAUGACGUUGAUGUCCUCUAGUGGGGGUGCCCCCAGGGGAGAAGACACGACUGAUCAUGCAGAGGAAGAUGCUAGUUCUUCUAAGAACAGUACAGAAGUGGCGAUGAACAACAACACAACCGCAGGCGCCAGCAAGAAAGCUACUCUCCUAGACCGCAUCCAAAAAGAACGGCAUUCUUAUUUCGGUUCUUUCAUUUCGAAUAUCGUCUUCAUGGGCAUGGGAGAACCACUGGAGAACUACGACAAUGUCGUCAGCUCUCUGAAAGGCAUGUGCUCUCAGCAACGCUUCGGACUUGGUCAACGAAACGUCACGAUUUCCACGGUCGGCAUUGUUCCGCAAAUGCGACAGCUGUUUCUCGAAUUGCCAAAUGUGAAACUGGCAUUGUCCCUACAUGCACCGAAUCAAGAGCUGCGGAAUGUGAUAGUCCCAGUGUCGAAGAAAUACCCAUUGCCGGAAUUGAUGUCAGCCUUAGACGAAUACGCGAGUAGACAUGCGACAGACGGAAAGCGCAAAGGGCUCGUCAUGAUAUCAUACGUACUUACCCUUGUUACACUUCGCUCUUAUCUUCGCUUUGUUCUGGGUAUAGAUGUAGAAUCAGUAAAGUCUUCAACAUAUUGUAAGGGAGACCAAUGUAGUUUGGGUAAGCAAUUCUUUUUUUUUCUCACAGUGUUUUGAAAAGUGAAAAUGUUGAUUAUUGCUCUACUUCUAAGUAGCUAUAUGUAUAUUGUAUAAGUAUACUUACACACAUAGUUUCUCAUCUAGAAGUACAUUACAAUCAAUCUGAAAAUGACAGAUCAUGAUCGACGGCGUCAACGACACUGCCGAACACUGUUACCAACUUUGCGAACUGUUAAAGGGACGUCAGGUUUUGGUAAACUUGAUUCCUUUUAACCAAUUUGAUCCUUAUGCGAAUCAGCCAGCUGGGAAAGCGCCGUCGAAAAGACGGCACCCGGCUGAGCAUUAUAGACCGUCCAAGCCAGAGCAGAUCGUGUGGUUCUGCAAAACCAUAGAAGAACAUGGAAUUAAGGCUUUUGAAAGGUACUUCGUUGUAAAAAUUUUCAGUGUUUGGCUAACAAACUAUAAUGCAGUCGUAAAGCUAGCUUUUGAAAGGUACAGUUUUUUUUUUCGUUUUUAGCCAACUAUGAUAUAGUGUUAGUGUUUAGCAGUUAGUGGUUGUUCUAAUCGAUUUCCAAGAGGACAAAACAACAUCACAAUCACCUGAUUCACUCCACAGGCGUCCGCACGGUCGUGACAUCAGUGCUGCAUGUGGUCAGCUUGCCAAAAUCAACAAGACUGACGGUAGUGUUUUUGCAGAAGUAGGUGAAAUCGAAGGCAACCAACGCAAAUACAUCAACAAAGUUGUACCUUUGUCGAGGGAAGUGGUGAAACAAGUCGGAAGUGCUGUGGCUGCGUCUUCUAGCGCGCUAAAAAAGGAUCUUCAUGGCAAGAAGGACUCUAAGUCCACAUCCUCCUUAUCUACUGGCACCGGUGGCAGUUGCACUGAUGACGCUCUCUCUCCAGAUAGCUCAACGAGAAAUUCGAGCGCCAGUAAAACCAGAACUGCACCACAACGGUCAUCAUCGUCCACCUCUUCGCCUUCCUCUAGCACAGAUAAACACUCAGGAGCUGCCACCACAGAUAAGAACACCCCAGCACCUUCAUCAGACGGUAGAGAAGACGAAGAGCAAAGCGAUCUCGUAGACAUGGCUUUCCAAAAGCUUCAGAAGACGCAAUACGCUAUCGCAGGUGCAGCAAUUGUGGCAUUCGCGGGUCUCUGUGUAUGGAAGUUUUGCACUUCGUCACGAGGAGGUGGGAGAUCAUAGAGUUUCUUAUUGUUCGAGGACAUGGACAAUGAAUUAUCAUGUUCAUGAUUUCAAACCGCCCUACCACCUGCAUGAGCAUGACCACAUUCUUGAUGAUAACAAGACCAUCAUUCUCAUUGAUGCAAAUGUCCACUACAAGCAUGAUGAUGUUUCUCCUGAUAAGUUGUAUCUUCCGAUAGAU